AGCGCGAGAGGCGGCGGCUGGGCUGCGGGGCUCUGUGACUGUCCCUCCACCCAGUCUCGUCGCGCGCCUCCGUUCUGCCCGCUGGCUGCCUCCUCUUUACGUCCUGCUCUCAGUCUCCUGCUCCUCCUCUGCCCCGACCCUGUUCCGUAUGGCAGCAGCUCCCUGCGUCUGGGGCGCAGCCUCUCAGCGGACUAUCAAUUCGCUCCCCGGGCUGAACCGGGUCCCUGGAUGUUGCUGAAACUACGGAGAUCAUGCGCUCCUUUGGCCGCAGCCUCACCUCCGGCUGUCCCUGCCGCCGCCUCCUCCGCUGCCGCGGUCCGCGGGAUGCUCAGUAGCUCGCUGCGUGGCCCCCGCGACCCCGUGUUCCUCAGAAGCCGUUGCUUGCUGCAGAGUUGCGCGAAGUAGUCAUGGUGCUGUGGGAGUCCCCGCGGCAGGGCAGCAGCUGGACACUUUGCGAGGGCUUCUGCUGGCUGCUGCUGCUGCCCGUGACGCUGCUGAUCGUAGCCCGCCCGGUGAAACUCGCCGCUUUCCCUACCUCCCUAAGUGACUGCCAGACGCCCACCGGGUGGAACUGCUCCGGUUAUGAUGACAGAGAAAAUGAUCUCUUCCUGUGUGACACCAACACCUGUAAAUUUGACGGGGAAUGUUUAAGGAUUGGAGACACUGUGACUUGCGUCUGUCAGUUCAAGUGCAACAGCGACUACGUGCCUGUGUGUGGCUCCAAUGGAGAGAGCUACCAGAAUGAAUGCUACCUGAGGCAAGCUGCCUGCAAACAGCAGAGUGAGAUUCUCGUGGUCUCGGAGGGAUCCUGUGCCACAGAUGCAGGAUCAGGAUCUGGAGAUGGAGUCCAUGAAGGCUCUGGAGAAACCAGUCAGAAGGAGACAUCCACCUGUGACAUUUGCCAGUUUGGUGCAGAGUGUGAUGAAGAUGCUGAGGAUGUCUGGUGUGUAUGCAACAUUGACUGUUCUCAAACCAACUUCAAUCCCCUCUGUGCUUCUGACGGGAAAUCUUAUGAUAAUGCAUGUCAAAUCAAAGAAGCGUCAUGUCAGAAACAGGAGAAAAUUGAAGUCAUGUCUCUGGGUCGAUGUCAAGAUAACUCAACUACAACCACUAAAUCUGAAGAUGGGCAUUACGCAAGAACAGAUUAUGCUGAGAAUGCUAACAAAUUAGAAGAAAGUGCCAGAGAACACCACAUCCCUUGUCCGGAACAUUACAACGGCUUCUGUAUGCACGGGAAGUGUGAACACUCCAUCAACAUGCAGGAGCCAUCUUGCAGAUGUGAUGCGGGUUAUACUGGUCAACACUGUGAAAAGAAAGACUACAGUGUUCUCUAUGUGGUCCCUGGCCCUGUCCGAUUCCAGUAUGUCUUGAUUGCAGCUGUGAUUGGAACAAUUCAGAUUGCUGUCAUCUGUGUGGUGGUUCUCUGCAUCACAAGGAAAUGCCCCAGAAGCAACAGAAUUCACAGACAGAAGCAAAAUACAGGGCACUACAGUUCAGACAACACAACAAGAGCGUCCACAAGGUUAAUCUAGAGGGAGCAUGUUUCCCAGUGGCCGGACAACCGACAGCUUGGACUACACAGUACAGUAUUAGAGACAAAAGAAUAAGACGAGAUCUACACAUGUUGCCUUGCGUUUGUGGAAAUCUACACCAAUGAAAACAUGUACUACAGCUAUAUUUGAUUAUGUAUGGAUAUAUUUGAAAUAGUAUACAUUGUCUUGAUGUUUUUUCUGUAAUGUAAAUAAACUAUUUAUAUCACACAAUAUAGUUUUUUCUUUCCCAUGUAUUUGUUAUAUAUAAUAAAUACUCAGUGAUGAGAAUAAAAUGGCAUUCCUAAAUUUGCAGUAAUUCGUAUCUGUAAGCACAGUCCAACUAGCACGGGCUGUGCAGACAGUACUAUUUCAUCCUUCUGUGCAUCUUCAGACAACACGUUAGUUUGCACAGGACUCUGUAGCUAGGUUUUGAGUGAUUCCAAGAUCAAGGGAAAUGAUGGUUAUUGGAAAAGAAAAAAAGAAUUUACUCUAUUGAGAAAGUAUAAAAUGUGUCAUAUCCUUGAAUCAUCUCUGCUUCAUCUACUUUCUUCCUUGUCUUUCACUUUCAUUCCCAGAACAGAAAAAUCUCUGGCAUACAAAUUAAAAAAGAGGGGAAGGGAGGGAGAGUGUUUUAUGACUCAAAAUAUAAUGCAAAGAAGGUACUUGUCUUUCCUGGGAAGCAGCAUAACUCACUCAGUUAAAUCUACCCUCAGGGUUCCAAGUAAGGUAUUCAUUAGGUAUAUAAACAGUGGUCAGACCUGUCCUGUUUAUUGCAAGUAGAAAUAGCAGCUAGGAGAAGAUUGUAACUGUGUCAGUAAGUAUGAACCCAAACCGUAGUGUCUCAGGAGACCCUUGCUGUGUUUAUAUCUUAUAUGAAAAAAAGUUAGACUAACAAACAAAUGUCCCCAUGAGCAGCUUUAUAACCCAAAGAGAACUGUUAUUUGACAUCGAAAGACAAAAAGACAAUGUUUUAUGUCAAUGGAGAAAUAUGUUUUAAGCAUAUCUACAUAAGAAACAAAAUCCCUGAGACUCUCAGGACCUUCCUGAGAGCUUUUGUCAGUCCUGUCAUACAUAAGCAGACAGGUAUGAACAGUCGUAAGCUGGGGAAAGUCAACUGUGAAAAUUCUCAAAGAAUAAAAUGAAAUACCAAAUUAAAUAAUUUCCUUAUUAUCAUUUACCUUUGAGUAGUUCCUGUGGCACAUAUGGAUGAUUUAAAUAAAGCUUUCUUUGUCUUCCUCAAACGACUUCUUCAUGGACUAAAAGAAAUGGCAUCCCCUCCUUUGUUAGAAAACAAACAAACAAAAAAAACAUAUCAAAUGAAAGUGUUCUGGAUAUAAAAUAUUCUAUGAAAAAUAAGGGUUUGAAGUGAAAUUUAAGGCAUUUGUUAAUAUAUA